AUGAGCAGCAACACCCCAAGUGAAGACCUUCGGGAUGCCGUACUCUGGGUGGGCUUUUUUGCUGUGGGCUGUGAAGCCCACCAAGUGGAGGCGCUGGAGCUACUGCUUCGUCAUGGCGCCAAUGUGAUUGUGGGCGAUUCGUCGGGGAACACGGCGCUCCACAAGGCGGCGUACUUGGGGUAUGGGGACUGCGUGAGUCUGCUGCUCCAGUAUGGCGCCGGGGCUAACAAUCCGAACAACAUGCAGCAGACGCCGCUCGACUUGGCCUCGCUCUUUGACAAGCCAGACAUGGUGGCGCUGUUGUCCAGUGUUGUGUCGUAA